AUGCAAAACGAAAAAUCUUUUCAAGCUAGUAUUGUAGGUACAAUCAUAUUUUCAUGUAUUGUAGCCUUCUUUGCAAUGCUUAUAUCACUUUCUUAUCAAAGGCCAGCUGAAGAUGUUGACCCUCAGAGCGUAUUUUAUCCGAAACGCUUUAUAAUUGAUCAAAGCUUCGAUGUGCCAUCAAAGAAGAUGUCGGAGUAUCCUAAUUACAUAUAUUCAUUAACUUCAUUUUUCGAAUCUUAUUUCCGCAAAAUGGGAAUUUCUUACAAUAAACUAACAAACGAUGAUUAUGUGUCUUUCGAAGAAUAUAGGAUAAUCGAAGCUAUUAUAUUACUUUGUUUAAACACCUCCGCUGAUUAUUCAGAAUUAUGUGAAGAUUUCAGUGCCGGACGUAGCUUGUCUGCAACAAGAAUUAUCAAUAUGCUUUAUAACGAGCAAUCACAAUUAAGGAAAUUCUUAAAACAGCAAAACUCAACAAAAACCUUUUUAGUAGAAUUUAAAAAACCUACAAUUGGAUCUAGUGUACAGCAAAUCAAAGAUAUGCUUGUAUCAUCAAAAAAUCCACUCAUUUUAUCGUUACCAAUUAUCGAAGCGAAGUAUUUUUUACCAUGUUCAAUUUCUGAUGCUCAAAAUACAUUAGAAUGCAAUAAAAGUUUAACUACAUGUCCACCAUUUUACAGUGAAACAUUUUGCGCCUCAAAAUCAGCAUCAACUUUCCUUAGUAAUGGAGAUUUCUUUAUUCCGAAAAAACCAGCAGUACCAGUUGUAAGCAAAAAAUAUAUGAAUUUCGUUGUUGAAGGCUUUAAUGACGAUGAUACAUGCCGUCGUAGUAUUGUUGAAUUUAAUUCACAAUACUUUCCAAAUGGAGGCAUAACUGUUAGAGGACUUCAAUCAGGAUACAUUGGAAGAACAAUUAGCGAUGGACAAGGAAUUUCUAGCGAGUUUACAGAUUCAAAAUGUCAAAAUUUGUUCUCUCCCUACAGUUGGUUGCCAUUAAAUAUAUCUUCAACAUCUAUUAAUACAUAUACACCACUUAAAUGUCUUCAAGGAAGUGUAAUUUGUAACUCAUCUCAUACAUAUGCGCUUACUAUGCUUGGAUCUUCAUUAUUACGCGAUCCUUCUGUUAGCGAAGACAAUUAUGGAUUUACCUAUACCUAUUUUAUUGACCUAACAACAGGGGAAAGAAUAAUGAUUAACAGUGUCCAGUUUUGGGAACUAAAUAAAUACUUUGAACCAUUAUAUAGCAACGUAAGGGAUGAAUUGUCAUGUGGUCAUUACAUGAUCCCUUAUGAAUACAUUGAUUUGGCGAAUUCUCUUAGUCCUGGUUCAGUUUUGGCUGGAGAUUUCCCAUUAAAGUUUUCGAAAGAUAGUUAUGACUCACUGACAACAACAAAAGUCAACCUUUCUGCUUCAAGAACUUAA